CGCGCCGGGCCGCAUCGUCCGUCGGGGUUGGGCGCGAUGCUCGCGGCGAUGACGACCGCCGCGAUGGCCGCGAUGGCGAGAUGCGUCGGCGUCCGGGCGCGGCGUCCGGGCGCCCUCACAGCCCCUCUCCAUCGUCGACGCCACCGACGCGCGUCUCCGAUGAUAACGACGCCUCGCGCGACGACGCUGACGGAGGAGGCUGCCGCGGCGGGCGCCACCCUUCGCCUGCUCCGUGAGGUGACCGCCGAGACCGAGGUGAAACGGAGCCGCUUCGUCGCCCGCGCCGCCCCCGUGACGUCGCCGGAGGAGGCCAUGGACUUCGUGCGCGCGAGGUCCGACCCGGCGGCGAGCCACAACUGCUUCGCGUACCGCAUCGGCACCGAGUACCGGUUCAGCGACGACGGCGAACCGGGGGGAACCGCGGGACGACCCAUGCUCUCCGCCCUGGAGGGCAGCGGGUUCGACGGCGUUUGCGUUUUGGUCACUCGGUACUACGGGGGGACGCAGCUGGGCGCGGGCGGGCUCGUGAGGGCGUACGGGGGGGCGGCGAGCGCGGUGCUCGACGAUGCGCUUUCCGAUGAUGCGCAUUCGAAGGUGUCGUUUCCGACGGUGACGUGCACAGCCAUCGUUCCAGAUGCGUCCCACGUGGAUGCCGUGUACCGGUGCCUGGCGCGGUUCGACGCGGUGAAGGAGGACGAGGAGUACUCGGACGACGGCUCGGUGUACGUGGAGCUGCGCGUGGAGAGGUCCAAGACGGACGAGCUCGGUACAGCGCUGGCGGAUCUAACGCAGGGAAAAGUCGCGUUCAGGGUCCUCGACGACUGAGUAAGUACAUAGGCGACUGACGUUGAGGGUUUUAGCGACGCCGAACUCUUUAGAUGUCAUGAGAGUCCUCGAGCAAAUACGAGCAAAUCAAUCGUCACGUCGCUCC